AUGGAUUAUAUUGGUGUAGAGGUUGAAAAUCCACCACUGAUCUCUUAUCUUGCUCAAGCAAAGGAGGAAUGCUCAUUUAUGCCUCUGACAUCGCUAGAACUUCUGAAGCAGCAUGGUAACAAAGUGAAGCGUUUGAGGGAGGGUAAUCUCAAAGAGCUAAACACUGUUAAACCAACAAAUAGUUCUGGCCAUCAAGCUUUGUCAACCGCAGGGAUCAUGAAGUUAGCUAGAGCACAACUGUUUGUGCUCAACUCCCAGAAGGCUGAUGUUCUUUCCAGUGUGGCUAGUUGCAUUGGAGCUCAAUCUGCUCUCGGUUCUGAAUUUUCUGAAGACUCGGGACUUGCAAUACUACUUCAAGCAGCUGCUGAAAACGUAGUCAAUCAACAAUAUGUUUAUUCAAGGAAAUUGCUCAACAAGUGUAAUCAUUUUUCUUCUAAAAGUGGUUAUCCUGCUCAAAGAAUUGUACACUAUUUUGCUGAAGCUUUGCGAGAGAAAAUUGAUCAAGAAUGUGGUAUGGUUGCAUCAUUAGAAGAUCUGGAAGGAGAAACAAGGAGGCCUAUUGAUGAGAAAUUGGCUCUGGUUAGUCUGCAACCUGGAAUGAUGGCAUCUCAACAAGAGAACCCUUUCUCCCUCGUUAGCCAAUUCACAGCAAUUGGAUCCAUCAGGGCAACUGUGGCAACAGCAAGGAGAGUUCACCUCAUUAAUUUUGGACUUGAUAAUGGAUCACACUGGACGCUAAUUAUGCAGGAUUUUGCUGCUCAGUAUAACUAUCCAAUUGAGCUUCUCAAGAUAACAGCUGUUGGAACCUCUAAACAGAUGAUGGAAGAGACAGUAAAGUGGCUGUCAGCUUUUGCAGAUUCCAUUAGUUUACCUUUCACUUUCAACAUUGUUGUUUCAGACCUGAAGGACCUCAAGGAAGAUAUGUUCAAGUUAGAAGCUGAUGAAGUUGUGGCUGUUUAUUUGGAUAGGCGUCUUUGGACUCUGUUAGCAUGGCCAAAUUACUUGGAAGCAUUGAUAGCAGUGAUUUCAAAGCUGAAGCCACGUGUGAUGGUUGUCAAGGAAAUGGAGGCAAGCACGAACAAUCCAAUUUUCUUGGAACGAUUUCAUGAAGCUCUGAUUUUUUUCAGUGGCAUGUUUGAGAGCAUCAAAGACUGCAUGGACAAUCACAUCUUCUACAGAAAGCUGACUGAGGAAGUUUACUGUCGUAACAUGAUUAGAAAUAUUAUCACAGCAGAGGGUAAAGAGAGGGUUCAUAGACAUGAAAGGGUUGCUUUCUGGAGGACCCUUUUUGCAAAAUUUGGCUUUGUGGAAACAGCUCUUAGUCAAUCAUCAUUUCGUCGAGCAAGCAUGUUUCUUAAACGGUCUGCUCUUUACAGUUCUUUUACAAUUUAUAUGGAUGGAAAAUGCCUCAUCUUGGGGUGGAAAAGAACCCCAUUUAUCUCAGUAUCUGCCUGGAAAUUCCAGUAUGACUCAGAGUGA